CUUGGGUGAUACCGCCAGAACCAUCUGCCUUCUGGUCUUUCUAGGUUCUUAGUGGGAACUUCUAGGCUUCAUGACUCAUGUCGCCCCAUCCGUCGCCCCCUUGAGGUGAAGAUGUGAGUUUUUUAGUAUUUAGCCUCUACUCGCUCCAUACAUCUCUUUCUAACUUGAUUUCCUUCUUAUCUUCAAUUACAAGCCCUCCACAUCACCAGCUUGGAAGUUCCUUAACCCCGUCACUCAACCCUCUGAAGCAUCCAGCAGGUACAGCUCAGACGACCGUCGACAUGUCUGUCAUUCUGUACGUCCAGCAGGAACUCAAGGAACAUUUGGACGACGAGAUCGGCUUCCAGGCUCUCGAGGAUACUCAUCCAUGCACCGCGUGUGUGGGGUCCCUCCAUCGCCACAUCUUCCUGAGGUGUUGCGAAGCCGAAGUUGUAGGGCCAUGUAUCCUCUGCGGUAGAGAGGGAAAUGAGUGCACAGCUAUCCCCGUAGAGCUCCUCAGCACGGCUCAGACCAUUUGGAAUUACGCCAAAGUCAUCGCAGACAAACACGAGGAAGGGGACCUCGACGGCGUUCAACGCUGGCGCUCCCACCGCGCACUAGAGCGCGCGUGCACCGCAUGGAACGAGCUCCUCGCGUUCCUCGAACAGCCGGUCGAUUUCGGCGGCCUUAGCCUCGACGUCGUUCAGACGCAUGAGGCAGCUAUGAUGCGGGAGAUGACCAUCAUCGGCCUACUCCAUAAAUCACAUGCUUCGUUACCCCACCAAUUCUCUUUUUCUCUUGCAGGCAUCAUUCCAUCGACGGAAGAACUCCUCGCCCGUCUCGUGGCGCUUGCUCCGCCCUGGUCGCAGCACAAGGAGCCUGCCAGGAAGCUCCGGGACGCCGUGAGGGAUCUUAACGUCGCCAAGGACGUACCCGCCUCUGGUGUCGCGCAGGAGGGUUCUAUUUCAAAGUUCCCGCAGCUCAUAGCCGCGGAGGUUGUGGGAGAGCUGAGUACCGUUCACUGGGCCAUAGCGCCGGUUCUUGACGUUCGCUAUCCUAGCGUCCGGCUCCGGAUCUGUGAGGAGACGUUGAACGAACACCAGGCAUGGCGGGGAGGAUUUGUAGACGCGGACACUCCCGAGGAUUCAGACCAAGAAGCGCCUGCUGAUCAAGGUGCGCCGGCUGUUUCGAAGGGCGGCGAUGAGCUUGAAAACGCCGACGACCACGAAAAGCCCAUAGGCUCCGUGCAAGAACAAAAACACGAGCACGAGAUCCAAUCAGUGUCUGGUCCCGAAUCCCCCAAAGAGCCGGCGAAACCGAAGCACGCAAUGCCCGCGGACGGGAACCUGUCCAAGAAUGCUGUCACGGCGGGCAAGACUGCGCCCAAGUCCAACAGCCCCAACAAAUUGGGCCACAAGUCCAACAGUAGCAUGGACAAGAACAACGACGACGUAGACGAUGACGAUGGCAGAGAGAAAGAAGAAGAGGAUACCGGGGGGGAAGCCCGACCCGGUCCCCUGACCAGACCCCGAAAACGUCGCGCUCCCGCGGACGAGGAGGACACCGGCAACAGCGCGGGCAAGCCACGGAAGAGGACGAGGGCGCUGAAGAAAAUCGCAGUCAAGAAUUGAAGGGGCUUGCGGCCAGAGAAGUUUGUCUACAUCUUUUGUAUGUUGUGCGUUUGCGCGAGUGAGCCGACCCGGGGCUUCCUUGAUCUCAUUAGCAGACAAUCUCUGGCCGUGCUUUGAAGCUGAAGUCUCGACUGUCUGGAGAGUCAACGGGUAUUGAGUAGCUUCAUUCCAUAGGCAAGAAUCUGUUUUAUGGGAGUCUACUUCUU